CAACAUCCGAAUUUCAUUCUAGAAACAAACUUCAACGGACUGUGGCUUAUGUAGCGCAUACUUUUCAAAGUAAAGAUUCCUACCACUGCAUCACUUUAAUUGUGAUCACAUCACUUUCUGAUGAUGCAGGCGUGCAUUUACAUACUGAUUUCGACAUUAGUGGCAGCCAACGCAAAGAUAUUAAGAAACAAUGCACUCAUGACCAAAAUGGUCUCCAACUUUCAUAAAGACAUCGACACAUCCGCCACCUAUCAGGAUAAAUCCGAGCCCUUGAUGCAAAGAAUGCAAAAUUUGCUUUGCCACAACUUUCGAACCAUACCUUGCGAGAUGAUAACUCGAGAUGAAACACUACGGAAAUUGAUAGAAAAGUCAAUACAACAAAUUAACUACAAGAAGCUACGAAUGGACAAGACAACUCAAUCACCUCGAUACUUAACUCUCUUCCCAAUGAGCAGCGGCGAUAUUCACGAACAAAAAAUCAAAAAACAAAAAAACAAGCAUAGGAAUAAAGAACGCCAUGUGUUAAACAGAAAAAAGCUGCGUAAAUUUUACCCACACAAAGUAAAAUAUAAAGACAAGAAUGUCAACUUCCACGAGUCGGAAGAAAAGCUGUCUAUGUCAGUAGAACACAUACCGGAUGUGGUCCAGGCGAGGAAACGUGACACUUAUAAAAUGGAACAGGAUGAACCCUUUUGGAGAAUAGAUUACAUGAAACACGAGGAACCUAGCGCUCAUAUGUUUGGAUACAUAGACCGACUUAAGGAUAAGAUCAUUAAGUCCAGCCAGACUGUCACCGUCGAUGAGCAAGAAAAAAAAGACGUUAUGCGCCCAGAUGUGUAUAUUAGGAAGAACAAAUUCGUUAGAAAGAAUAUUAAUUUAAAUGACGAUGACAUUGAAUAAUAAUAAAAAAAUAUACCUAAUACAAAUAGAGUUUUUAAUAGACUUGCUACGAAAGAGUGCAAAUUAUGAAAUCUAUCCUUCAUAAUAAAACAUUAGUACUUAGUAAAAAUAAUAUUUUGUGCUCGGUGUUAAGCACGAGAAGAACGUAUAUAUGUAGACUGUAUAUAUACAUCAUAGUGUACAUAAUUAUGAUUUAAUACAUUAUGUUUAUUCAUUUAUAUUCAUGUUAGGUGUCUUGUCGGUAGUAGGCACUAGGUCGUACUGAGAUAGUUUGUCGAGAUUGUGCGGAUUAGACGAAUGUGCAGAUCCUUUGGGGUUCCUUCAAAUCAACGAUUUAUUUAUAAAAUAUUAAGUAUUUUAACUCGCAUGUCGCGACCACAAACCACGCUCGGUGAAAUCAAAAUAAUCACGAAUAUUGUCACUAAGAUAACGUUAUCAACGCUAUAAAGCACGGUCUACAUCUAUUAAUUUU